CUUGUACUUUCAGCUGCACAAUGAAGUUCACUGUUCGAGACUGUGACCCAAACACAGGUGUGCCAGAAGAGGAUGGCUAUGAUGAUGAAUAUGUGUUGGAAGAUCUGGAGGUGACCAUGUCUGAUCAUAUUCAGAAGGUUUUAAAGCCAAACUUUGCAGCCGCAUGGGAAGAAGUGGGAGAAGACUUUGAGAAAGAAGAAACCUUUGCGCUUAGUUCCAUUAAAACCCUUGAUGAAGCUGUCAAUAACAUCAUCAAGUUCUUGGGCAUGCAGCCCUGUGAGAGGUCAGAUAAAGUGCCAGAGAACAAGAACUCUCACACGCUCUACUUAGCUGGUGUCUACAGAGGUGGCUGUGAUGUGCUGGUGAGGUCCAGGCUCGCACUUGGAGACGGUGUGACCAUGCAGGUGACUGUUAGGAGCAAGGAAGAAACGCCUGUAGAUGUCAUCCUGGCUUCUGUAGGCUGAGUGUUACAGCACAGCUGUGGUGGAAACCCCCUUUGCAAGCACUGGUUGGGUAUUUCCCAGCUAUCAAGCAGCCUGUCUGACCUCCUGCAUGUAGUUUUUACUCCUCAAUUUGGUAUAUUUUGUAUGUUACAGUAGUGGCAAUAGGUGGCUGGAACUGAGCCUUUCCCAUGUCCCUUCCCUUGUUGUCACUUAAACAUUCCCAUCUAACUUACUGCAUCUCUGGCCACUUGUGGUAGAGCAGGGAAGAGAAAACAGGCAGGUGGGAAGAAAAAUGGAAUCAGACUUUUGUCAAAAUUGAUUUUUAUUAACAGAAAAUAAACCCUGGUCCAAAUGGUGGAAUUCAUCUGAAUUGCUGUUAAUAAAAUAGACAUUUCUUGUUCUA